UUUUAGAAUUUCUGAUUUUUGCAAAAAAAAAGAAGGAAAUGGCCGGUGUGAAGAAUCGAGUAUGCCUGGUAGUGAUUGAUGGUUGGGGAAUCAGUACCGAAAGCAAAGGAAAUGCCAUAAUGAAUGCUAAAACGCCGGUGAUGGAUGAGCUUUGUGCACUGAAUUCACAUCCAAUUCAAGCACACGGCUUGCAUGUUGGUUUACCAGAAGGACUUAUGGGAAAUUCGGAAGUGGGUCAUUUAAACAUUGGUGCUGGACGUGUUGUUUACCAGGAUAUUGUGCGCAUAAAUUUGGCGGUAAAGAACAAAACGCUGGUGGAAAAUAAACAUUUAAAGGAAGCUGCUGAACGUGCAAUUAAAGGGAAUGGUCGCAUGCAUUUAUGUGGUUUGGUCAGCGAUGGUGGUGUUCAUUCACAUAUCGAUCAUUUGUUUGCGUUGAUAAUGGCUUUGAAACAGCUUAAAGUACCACACCUUUUCAUUCAGUUCUUUGGAGAUGGUCGUGAUACGAGUCCAACAAGCGGAGUUGGUUUCCUCCAACAGCUGAUUGAUUUCGUCAACAAGGAGCAAUAUGGUGAAAUAGCAACAAUAGUAGGGCGCUACUACGCAAUGGACAGGGAUAAGCGAUGGGAACGAAUUCGGGUGUGUUAUGAUGCACUAAUUGGUGGCGUUGGUGAAAAGACUUCAACUGAUAAAGCGAUUGAUGUUAUCAAAGGACGAUAUGCAAAGGAUGAAACUGAUGAAUUUUUGAAACCAAUAAUUCUUUCGGAUGAAGGACGUACAAAAGAUGGUGAUACCUUGAUAUUCUUCGAUUAUCGAGCUGAUCGUAUGCGAGAAAUCACUGAAUGUAUGGGUAUGGAACGAUAUAAAGAUCUCAAUUCUGAUAUUAAACAUCCGAAGAAUAUGCAAGUAAUUGGAAUGACUCAGUACAAGGCAGAAUUUACUUUCCCCGCACUUUUUCCUCCGGAAUCUCAUAAAAACGUGUUGGCGGAGUGGUUGUCUGUAAACGGAGUAACACAGUUCCAUUGCGCAGAGACAGAGAAAUACGCUCAUGUCACGUUCUUUUUUAACGGCGGUGUAGAAAAACAAUUUGCAAAUGAAGAACGUUGUUUGGUAAUGUCACCGAAGGUUGCCACCUAUGAUCUUGAACCACCAAUGAGUUCAGCCGCAGUGGCUGAUAAGAUGGUAGAACAAUUGCAUAUGAAAAAGCAUCCAUUUGUUAUGUGUAAUUUUGCACCUCCUGACAUGGUUGGCCACACUGGGGUUUAUGAUGCGGCUGUGAAAGCAGUAGAAGCAACUGAUAUUGCGAUUGGACGAAUAUAUGAAGCAUGUAAGAAGAACGACUAUAUAUUGAUGGUAACUGCAGAUCAUGGAAAUGCUGAGAAAAUGAUGGCGCCAGAUGGUAGCAAGCAUACUGCCCACACUUGCAAUUUAGUGCCAUUCACUUGCUCCUCAAUGAAAUACAAGUUCUUGGACAAGUUACCGGAUCGGGAUAUGGCUCUUUGCGAUGUUGCUCCGACAGUGCUAAAAGUUAUGGGUCUGCCAUUGCCCUCCGAGAUGACUGGACAGCCACUGCUUAAUGAAGUUUAGAUAGAGUAUUUUUAAAUUAAUAGAAAUCUACUGGAAUCUACUUUUUUUCUACUUGAUAUUCAUUAGUGGUAUUCAAUUUUUUUUUCUGCUUGAUAGUCACUGACGGCAUUCAAUUUGUAAUUCAUUCUCGGUAUUUAUUGAUGAUAUGAUUUUUUGCCGAGCUGAAAUAAAGAUUUGCAAAAAUACAGCUGUUUUUUGCUAUUAGUCCUUUCUCUAUGAUUAGAAAACAUUUCCGUCUAAUUCAUUUCCGGUUAAAGUUAUUUGUAUUAGAUAAAAUAUCAUC